GUGGAGGUAUGGGUAAGUGUUGGGUAAUAUAUAUCUAUAUAUAUAGAGAGAGAGAGAGAUAGAGAACAAACUACAACUCGCGCUUGCUCUCCAUCGCAUCGCAAUUCGCAAGCGUCUCGUCGGCCCCUUACUGUUUACAAGCAUUGCGGAGAAGUCGAUGGGGUCGGAGGCGACGCCGCGCUUCUUUUGGGGCGACACCCCGGGCGAGGAGGAGUACUACAAGUCGCAGGGUGUGCGCAACGCCCAGUCCUACUUCGCCACGGCGCAUGGCCGCCUCUUCACCCAGUCCUUCCACCCUAUCGACCGCGCCACCGGCGAGCUCCUCCCCGUGAAGGCGCUCGUCUUCAUGACCCACGGCUACGGCUCCGACUCCGGCUGGCUCUUCCAGAAGAUCGCCAUCGCCUACGCCACCUGGGGCUACAAAGUCUACUGCGCCGAUCUCCUCGGUCACGGCCGCUCCGAUGGCAUCCGCUGCUACCUCGGCGACAUGGAGGCCGUCGCGGCCGCCUCCCUCUCCUUCUUCCUCUCCGUCCGCCGCGAGCAUCCCUCCCUGCCGGCCUUCCUCUUCGGCGAGUCCAUGGGCGGCGCGGCCACGCUUCUCAUGUACCUCCGUACCCCGGAUCCGGGCGUCUGGACGGGGCUCAUCUUCUCCGCGCCGCUCUUCGUCAUCCCGGACGACAUGAAGCCCUCCCGCGUCCGCCUCUUCCUCUACGGCCUCCUCUUCGGCCUGGCGGACACGUGGCAGGCGAUGCCGGACAACAAGAUGGUGGGGAAGGCCAUCAAGGACCGGGAGCGUCUCCGGAUCAUCGCCUCCAACCCCCGGCGCUACACGGGGCGGCCUCGCGUGGGAACCAUGCGCGAGCUCGCCCGCAUCUGCGACUACUUCCAGGCCAACUUCGACAAGGUCACGGCCCCCUUCCUCACCGUCCACGGCACCGAAGACGGCGUCACCUCGCCGGCGGGGUCCCAGAUGCUCUACGACAAGGCAUCCAGCGAGGACAAGACUCUCAUCCUGUACGAGGGGAUGUACCACUCCCUCAUCCAGGGGGAGCCCGAGGAGAACAGCCAGCGCGUCCUCACCGACAUGCGGGCCUGGAUCGACGACCGUCUCCGCCGCUACGGCGGUCCCAACCCCAACGGCAACGGCGUCGCCUGCAACAACAAUAAUAAUCAUAAGUAAUUAUUUAAUCGAUUGAUUUGGUAAAACUUGUACUUACUACUAUGUCUUACAUGUCAAUUAAUGCAACAUAAUAUAUGGGAUGCCGAUGUUACGAGGCUCGAUGGGCCGUUCCCUGGUGGUGGAAUUCCUAUGUACUGCAUACAUCAGGAUCAUGAUUGUGAGAUUAUUAUUUUUCAAGAAAAGAAAUAUUUUUUUAGAUCUGCG